GCGAGCCAGCACCAACAGAGCACACUCUCUCAGCUACAGCAUAGCAGCAGCGGCGAUUCGGAAGGAGACGACAUGGACGCCGACAUGGGCGAGAACUUCGCGUACUACUGGGAGACGCAGCGCUACCUCGAGUCGGAGGAGCUCGUCGACAGCAUCUUCGUCGGGGCGACCGAGGACGCCAUUUCGUACUACGACUCCAGCUCGCCGGACGGGUCCCACUCGUCCUCUACGCCGACAGGGGCCGCCAUUGCCGGGGCUGGGAUGGGGAUGGGGAUGGGGAUGGAGAUGGGCGGGACUGGGGCAAACAAGAACAUCCUGAUGGAGCGUGACCGCCGCCGCAAGCUGAACGAGAAGCUCUACGCGCUCCGCAGCGUCGUGCCCAAUAUCACCAAGAUGGACAAGGCGUCGAUCAUCAAGGACGCGAUCGAGUACAUCCAGGUGCUGCAGGCGGAGGAGAGGCAGAUGGCGGCGGAGGUGUCCGCGCUCGAGUCGUCCGCGGCCGGCGCGGACGAAGAGGACUACGACGGUGCCCUCUUCCCGGAGCUGGAGCAGGUCUCCCAGGCGGCGCAGCAGCAGAGGAAGAAGGUGAAGCGCGCGCUGUCGGUGUCGUCGAUGAACGACGCGCUGCUCGCCGCGGCGGCGGAGGCGGCGUCCCCGCCCGUGGAGGUGCUGGAGCUGCGCGUGUCGGAGGUGAGCGAGAAGGUGCUGGUGGUGAGCGUGACGUGCACCAAGCAGCGCGACGCCAUGGCCAAGGUGUGCCGCGCGCUCGAGGAGCUCCGCCUCAGGGUCAUCACCGCCAACAUCACCUCCGUCUCCGGCUUCCUCAUGCACACACUCUUCGUCGAGGUGGAUGACAUGGAUCGAUUCCAGGUGAAGGAGAUCGUGGAGGCUGCUCUCGCACAGCUUGAUGCUCCAGGAAGCCCGCCAGUAAGCUCCAUGAGCUAUUAGGACUGGAUCAUACGCUCGUCGUCCUUGAGUCGCCUAUUUCACCUUAACACCAGCUAGCCACUCCUUUGCAAGGCCUUUAUAUACUGUUAUGUAAUGUAUGUGCCAUAGUUUUGCCCUGUUUUUUCGCAACACCCCUUUAUAUGUAUCGAUGGAGGUGAUUGUUUUAGUACGAGGCGAUAUAGCUUAAGGCAUAUAUAGAUAAUAGAGUGACUAGAUAUGCUUUGGACCUCAUGAAGGAUCAUGGCAUAAGUUCGUGGAGUAUCUAUGGUGAUAAAUAAAUAAAAAGGUGAUUAGCUGAUU